AUGGACGAAACUGACGCUCUGGAGGCCUUGUCUAAUAUCCUAAACCGUCUGACGGAAGAUCCGUACGACAUCUCUCUCCACGUUGAGCAUGUACGCAUUGCUCAGCAGACCGGGAUGGAGGACCAGCUGGACUCUGCUCUGGAAAUGGUGACUGCCUUCUGGGCCGCAGGAGAUUACGUCUGGUUACCGCUCAUUGAGCGCAAGAUCCAAGCGAGUAACUUGGAGUCUCCAGAGGACCUGCAGGGGAUCCUGGACUUGUUCGGUCGGGCAGAGCAGGAUUACUUAUCUAUGCCCUCGCUGCGGAAACAUUUUGAUUUUCUCGUCGAACGAUAUGAGCAUUUUACUUCUUCAGAGAUGAAGCCAGAUGAUCUGGGAGUCUUGUUCUCGGUGUCUUGGAUGCACGCAGCGAUGUCGGAAGUCGCAUCCAAGGGUAUAGGCCAUUUGACGGAGAGCCACACGUUGUGGGAUGCGUAUAGGGAUUGGGAACUUGAGCAAUUACAGAAUGCAUCCCCGGAUGAGAGAGCAGCAUCAAUACACCAAGUGGAUUCGAUGCUUCUGGAGCGCCUCCAGCAACCUCACUCCAACCACGACGAGACGUUCCAAAGCUAUUCCAGCUUUACGACAAACUUCAAGCCCCCAGAUGAAUAUGAAUUACUUAUGGUAGAGGCUUCAAGAUGCGUUCGCAGGCCACCCUUCGUCUUGCAGACAUUGUAUGAGCGGGCCAUUGCGGAAGCCGACAAGCGCCGCUGGAAUGGAGAGGCCAACGCCGAGACUGUCUUGCGUUCUUUCUGGAUUGGUUAUCUCGACUCUUUGAGGAUACAAGAAGCAGAGAAGGAUGUCCAAGCUGCCACCUUCCAGAGGGCGCUCAAGAGCGUGCCGGCGUCUGGGGAGGUAUGGGCGCGGUACAUACGUUUCCUGCAACGUUUCAUGCUUGCUGAUAAUGAAGAGACCGGAGUUGCAGCUACGUAUGAGAAAACCAAGGCAAUACGACCUCUUCAGGCGGAUGCUGAACAACUAGUGCCGGUCGUCCUUGCUCGUGCUAGUUACGAGAACGAGCUGAUGGGAGACUGGUGGACCACUGGUAAAGACAACUUCGGAACACUCGAGGAGGUCAUUUUGGACGGUAUUAAAAGGAUCAGGCAAGCGUCGCCAGCAGGUGAUCCUAGGGUCCGAGUCGAGAAGUUCUUCGCUGGCGUCCUGUCCCGGCUAGAAGACAAGUCUGAGCGCAUUGACGAACUGUGGGACGAUGCUACCAAGCACUACAAGACGAGCUAUAUCGCCUGGACUCACUACACUGAGGCGCUGAUCCAGGCAAAAGAGGAUUUCGCCGCACGACAUGUCUUCAAGGACAUAUGUAUGAAGAAUUUGGACUGGCCCGAGGCCAUUUGGGACGCAUGGAUCGCGUUCGAGCAAGUACACGGCAGUGUCAAGUCGCUUGAGGAGGCCAUGGACAAGUUGAGUGAACGCCCACUCUGCCCAGAAGCGGAGAAAGCGGAGUACGCUGCGAUGCAGCUCAUCGCAGAGCAACAAGCGAACAUGGUAUCGGUUGCUGAUGCGCCCGUACCACCCGUAACGGGCGGAGAGUCUGGAGCGGCACCUAUGGACGUUGAUCCAGGUCCAAGUGCGUCUGCUGGCACGAAGAGAAAAGCAGAGGAAGAAGUUACUUCGGAGGAUGCCAACAAGAAGGCGAAGACAGUGACCACUCACUGUUGUCUCAGCGAUCGCGAAAACUGUACGGUCUUCGUCGCAGAUUUGCCUGCAGGUGCAAAAGAAGACGAUCUCCGAGCACUAUUUAAGGACUGCGGGCCCAUGCGGGAGAUCAAAAUGACUCAACUUCCAAAUUCCUUGGUGGCAACUGUCGAGUUCAUGGAGCGGGAUAGUGUUCCUGCUGCACUGACAAAAGACAAAAAGCGCAUAGACGGUCAGGAAGUUGCGGUGCACCUUGCAUGGCAGUCUACGUUAUACGUCACGAAUUUCCCCGAGAAGGCCGACGACAAGUUCAUUCGCAAUCUGUUCGCGAAGUACGGAACAAUUUUCGACGUACGAUGGCCCAGCAAGAAGUUCAAGAGCACUCGACGUUUCUGCUACGUGCAAUUCACGUCUCCGCUAUCUGCGCAGACAGCUCUGGAGCUUCACAACCAGGAGCUUGAAAAUGGCCUGACCUUGAAUGUCUACAUCUCGAAUCCUGAACGCAGGAAGGACCGGUCGGACGCCGAUGCCAAUGAUCGGGAGAUAUACGUUGCUGGCUUGAGUAAGUUCGCCAACAAGGAGGAUCUGGAGAAUGUAUUCAAGACGUAUGGUGCUGUGAAAGAGGUCAGGAUGGCUCUCGACAAUACAGGCCGCCCGAAAGGCUUCGCUUUUGUUGAGUUCGAGAAUGAGCAAGAUGCGAUGGCUGCACUAAGUGCCAACAACCAUGAGCUAAAGAAUCGACGUAUGGCAGUGACGCUUGCAGAUACGCGUGUCCGUGCACGGGCCAAGGAUCCCAAUGUCCGUGCAGAGAUUCGCAAUCGCACUGUUCGCGUCCGCAAUUUGCCUGCCAACACGCAGGAAGGGCUAUUGCAGCAAGCACUUGAAAAGCUCGCGCCUGUCAAACGGGUCGAAGUUUUCGCCGACAAGGCAGAAGCGGAGGUUCAAUUCGAGAGCGCAGCAGAUGUCGGGAAGCUGUUCCUCCGCACAGAACCCGUGGUAUUCAACGGGAAUACUCUGGAGUUAGUCGACGACACCCCAGGAGGAACCCGUGCGGCUCGCCAUCCAGCUUCUACUGCCCCGCCACCCACUGCAGGACCGAGCAUGUUCAUUCCUCGCACAGCGGCGUCCAGACCCAGGGCCGGUUUGGGCAACAAGAAGCGUGCUACUGCUAUAUCUGCUGCCGCGAGAACAUCUGAUACUACGGCUGGCGCGAACCCGAAGGGUUCAGCAUCAGCGCAGGGAAAGGGACAGGACGACUUCCGGAAGAUGCUGGGAUGA